CCAGGGCUCCUCCCCUGAUGCUCUCGGAGUCGGCGUGGGAGCAGCAACGCAGGCGGAGGGGCAGGCGCGCUCGGCGUCCCUGUAGCCCGAGCCGGGCGCAGCGAGCCGGUAACGGGUGGCCCGAGGCACCCACGCACCCGGAGGGCAGUGGUGGCCCCGCGCAUCCGCUAGGCCCGCGUGGGAGGGGCGUGCCGCCCUGGUGACGGGACAGCCUUAAGUUUCCCUCGCUGGUUGGCAGCUGUGUCAUAUUAUGGUGGACCAAGCCCAGAGAACACGUGAUUGUAUUCUUUCCCCAUUUUGGGAAGCCCUGCUCACCACACCACUACCCUGCAUGUACAUCCGGGUACUUUGAUGGAUGAAGACAGUGAAGUGACCCAGCCCCAAGAGCAGAGCUGCUGGGCCACUCUGCCAGAUGUGUGCCUGCGACGUGUUUUCUGGUGGCUAGGAGACAGGGACAGGUCCAGAGCUGCCCUGGUCUGCAGAAAGUGGAACCAGAUUAUGUACUCAGCUGACCUCUGGCGAUAUAGGACCAUCACAUUCAGCGGAAGGCCAUCCAGGGUACACGCAUCUGAAUUCGAGUCAGCACUCUGGUACGUUAAGAAAUUUGGCCGAUACCUGGAACACUUAGAAAUCAAGUUCCUGAACCCUUACAAUGCUGUCUUGACCAAGAAGUUCCAGGUCACCAUGCGAGGCCUCCUGUCGUGCCUGGGCAAGAGUAACAACCGCCUGCGGUCCCUCUCCAUCCAGCACCUGGAGCUGGAUCGGCUGGUCUGGAGAAAUAGCAUAAGGGGUUCACUCAUCAAGAGCCUGAGUUUUUUCUUAAAGAAAAUGGGCAAACACCUGGACCAUCUCAGCCUGAAAGGAGCCCGGCUGACAGUGGAGCAAGGCUGCCACAUCCUCAACUCCCUGAGCUACAUGCGGAAUGAGAACUUGGCCUCAGAGCUCAACAUCGAAGACUUCUUCAGCCAUCACCUGGCUGUCUACGGCAGCUCGCAGUUCAACAAGGCCAUGGCGACAUUCCACAACUUGGCAUUCCUGACCCUCAACUACAACUGUAUCUCCGACGAGCUGCUCGAGACCUUGAGCGAGAACAAUGCUGGGACCCUCCGGACCAUGAACAUCAAAUGCCAUGUUCAUGACCCUCACGGUCAGGUAGUCUGGGGUAUGUCCUGGGCCAAGCUAGCCAGGCAGGCCAGCAACCUGAAGGUGAACUUCUUCUUCGAGCGGGUGAUGAAAUAUGAACGCCUGGCCCGGAUCUUGCUGCAGGAGAUUCCAGUCAGGAGCAUCAGCCUGAGAAGCUGCUAUUUCAGUGACCCAGACUGGUCCAUGAGGCCUACUCUGACAGAGCUCCUGCCCACCUUCCGGAACACUCUGCAGAAGUUAACAUUUGAGUUCAACAAUAACCACGAGUCUCUAGAUGAACAACUGCAUCUCCUCAUCCUGGCCUGUCGGAAGCUGUUUUACUUCAAAAUCUGGGCUUUCCUGGAUGUUAAGUUUGUGGAGCGGAUCCUGAAGAGCCAGGAAGAAGGGCAGUGCUCCCUGCGCACACUGAAGGUGAGAAUUUAUACAAACCGAUACGAGACAAAUGAAGAGGACAGGACUCUACGAGAAAUUUACAGGAAAUACAGAAAGCUGAUCGAUUCAGAACUUAACUAUUUUGUCAUCGCCUACCCCAUGAUGUAAAGAGUGCUCUCCAGAGGAAGACAUCUAGAUGCACUUUGAACCUGAAAACCUGGUUCUCAGUGAAUUACAUUUGGGGGUCCCAUGCCCUCAUCCCUUUUUCUUCUCUCUCCUUUAGCCAGUUCCACCCCAUCAUAACCAGCCUUGUGAAGGCUAGACUGGUGGUGAUGGCGAGGCCCCAACCAUCUUUAAAGUGCUAUCUUUACCAACAUCCCA